CUUAAUACAUCUCAAAAACCUUAGAAGUUGGAUUUCGAUUAAGGGCACUAAAACGCAUUGAAAAAGUGCAAAAUUUUAUUUUCCAUAAGAAACCUUUUCGAUCAGUGCAAUAAGAGGAAAUUGAAGCUUUUUUCAAAUGAAUAAUUCACAGAUUUUCUUAUGAACUAUAGUUUCUAGUUUUUAAAAAAAUGUUUGUUUGCUAUUAUAAUGUUGUCAAAAUUUAACUGAAAUAUCAACUUUCAAUAAAAAUAAAUUGUAACUAGAAAAAAACUGCAUACAUACUCGUAUAUAAUCGUACGCCAACCCAAAUUGUGUUCAAAUGUUAUGCGACAGAAUUCCUUGUCGGGCUCCUGAAAAUCUUAACGCUUGGAAUGAUUUCGUUCGAAAUUCUCUGGUAUUGGACAAAUGUAACUCACAAUGGUUCCUUCUGGGUUGUUCAACCAAAUUAUUUGUUUGCCUUUCAACAGUUUUCCUUCUGGUUUUAGAAUUUAUUGAAGUUUUGUCUCUCUGUCACUUACCCCCAACAACAACUACUGGCACAAAUCAAAACAGUAAUCAAUAUUUAAAAAGUGACGAAUGCAAUUUCUGUGGAAUCAAAUUGAAUUUCCAUGACAUUAGUUUGGUAACAAAAUCAAUUUCAAUAUUAUCUAAUUUCGAAUUAUUGUGGGUAAUUGUUAUGGAAAAUCGAGAUGCUCUCAUAGGAUCAAUUGAAUUAAAUGUCUUUUUGUUAAUAACAAGGAUGUUUGUUUCAUUUCUCGGAUAUCUGUUCGGCAUAGUGAAAGGAAGCUAUAGCGAUAUGAUUCAAGAAGGUCUAAUAUAUGUUUUACGCAUAAUUCAUUUUCUGCAACUAUGUUGUUUAACAGAAAGUUUUUAUAGAAGAUGUUUGUACUUUUUUUGAUAUUUUUAAAAUGAAAUAAAACUUAAAAGAUCUUUCA